AUGUCUAUGUUAUCAUGUUUCUUUCUUGCUUUAAUCCCUUAUGCAACUUCAGUUACUUUCAAUUUCGCAAAUAUUACUUCACUAAAUACCCAAGAUAUAGUAUUCUCAGGUGAUGCAGCUUAUGCCUCUGAUGAUGGAAUCCAGGUGACCCACGAAAGGAAUAGCGAUCGUAAUUCGAGUUGGUUAGCAGGUCGAGCGACAUACAACAAACUUCUUCGUCUUUGGGACAAGGACUCUACUGCUCUUGCCAGCUUCUCUACCAGUUUCACAUUUGUGAUAGAUUCAUACAAGAGUGGUGAUUAUGCUGAUGGUCUCACAUUUUUCCUUGCUCAGAAUAAUUCUGUGAUGAUUAGCGGUGGAUCCUUGGGGCUUCCAUUCGACACUCAUAAUAACACAAGUAUACAUCCAUUUGUGGCUGUGGAAUUCGAUAGUUUUUUUAAUGAGGAGUACGAUCCUUCCAUAGGCCAUCAUGUAGGAAUCAAUAUUAACUCUAUGACUUCUGUUAUGUAUCGGAAAUGGUUAACUAAUAUAGAGCAUGGGCAUGAGUGUAAAGCUAUGAUUAGUUAUUCUUCUGAUUCCAAAAACCUUAGUGUUUCCUUUACCAACUUUAAAGAUAAUUUACUUGUUUGGGAAACUCCGCUUAAUUACACUAUUGAUUUGAGGGAUGUGUUGCCCGAAUCGGUCAUUUUUGGGUUUUCAGCAUCCACAGGAGUAUUUUUUGAAAAAAACAGUGUAAGAUCUUGGAUGUUUAAUAGUUCUGAAUCUAAGGUUUACCAAAGCAGCAACCCAUCAACAACCAAGAGUCCGAAUGCAAUGAAUGGGGUUACGAUUGGAUUAAUAGCUGGAACACCGGUUCUAGUUAUUGUUUCGGCCAUACUUGCAUAUUUAUUAUGGAAGAAGAAAAGCAUUGGUGAUAGAGUGGAGGAUCUUGAAUCUGCUUUGGAGAUGAACAAUGAACUCGAAAUGGGGGCCAUUAUACCUAGAAGAUUUUCUUACCUUGAAUUAGCUCGGUCAACGGCAGAUUUUGCUGAGACUGAGAAGCUUGGAGAGGGCGGUUUUGGAGGCGUAUAUAAAGGUUUUCUUAAAGAUUUAAGCAUGUAUGUCGCAGUCAAAAGGGUAUCGAAGACUUCCAAACAAGGGAUGAAAGAGUAUGCUUCAGAAGUAAGGAUCAUUAGCCGAUUGAGGCACAGAAAUUUGGUGCAACUCACUGGUUGGUGCCAUGACAAAGGAGAACUCUUGCUUGCUUAUGAAUAUAUGGAAAAUGGAAGCUUAGAUUUACAUCUCUUCAAGGGAAAAAGCUUGUUGACAUGGAAUACAAGGUACAAAAUUGCCCAUGGUCUGGCAUCUGCUUUGCUAUAUUUACAUGAAGAAUGGGAGCAAUGUGUUUUGCAUAGAGAUAUUAAAUCGAGUAAUGUGAUGUUGGACUCAAAUUUCAAUGUUAAGCUUGGUGAUUUCGGGUUAGCCAAGUUGGUUGAUCAUGAGAAUGGCUCUGAGACUACCAUCGUUGCUGGAACCAUUGGUUACAUGGCCCCUGAAUACGCAACCACGGGCAAACCUAGCAAAGAAUCAGAUGUAUAUAGCUUUGGAGUUGUUGCAUUGGAAAUAGCUUGUGGGAGAAAACCAAUCGACCCACAUGCUGAAGAAAGGAAAAUAAAAUUAGUAGAAUGGGUGUGGGAUCUUUAUGGUAGUGGUACUCUUCUAGAAGCGGCAGAUCGGAGUCUAGGCUCAAACUUUGUAGAAGAAGAAAUGACAUGCCUGAUGAUCAUUGGAUUAUGGUGUGCACACCCUGACUCAAAACUACGCCCGUCAAUAAAGCAAGCAAUUCAAGUAUUAAACUCUGAAGCUUCCUUGCCUAUACUCCCAUCAAACAUGCCCUAUGUGACUUAUUCAGCACUACCCCAUUUUUCAUUAUAUGGCGCUACUUUGAGCAGUAGCUCAAACAAGCGUUCCUCAAGACUCUCAGCAUCUUCUACAGCUAAUUCUUAGUCAUCUUUGUUUGAUUUGAACACAUGCAAUUCA